AUGUCAGCUGCUGCAGUCGAGCAUGCCGACCACCACCGCAAUUGGUCCGGCUUCUCGAGCCCCGACAGCUCGCCUGAUGUCGAGUCAGCUGCGCCGAGUCUCACCACCGGCUCCACUUCUGCAUCCGUGGAGAGCCUCGAAUCUGUCCAGGACGCACACCAACGCAGUCUCCAUGCACGCUACCAGGCGGGCAAGGGCGAUGCUUCCUUUGGUGCCAUCAAUGGUCUUGCAUACGGCGCAGCCGGCGUACAGGCCCCCACCAGCUACGAAAGCAGCCAGGACGGAGCCACGCUCAUCCACUCCGAGUUCGGCUACUGCGCCAACCCGGACUAUCGCUACACCUCCGAACAUCGUCGUGGCGAUCCACUCCCCAACCCAGUAGAGGAGGAACCCAGCUACUUCACCGUGCUGACCACCUACAUUAGCUACAUCAUCCUCAUCCUCAUCGGUCACAUGCGCGAUUUUACCGGAAAGCGUCUCUUCCCAAAGAGCUACCACCAUCUCGUCGAGCGUGAUGGCUAUGCGGCGCUCAACUCCGAUUUCGACAGCUUCUACACACGACGUCUCAAGGCCCGCAUGGACGAUUGCUUCAGCCGUCCCGUCACAGGCGUGUGCGGCAGAACCGUCGUUUGUCUGGAUCGUGUUGCUCUCGACUACUACCAAACAUUCCGUCUGAACGGCGAAAAGACGCGUGCCCUCAACAUCAGCGCCUACAACUACCUCGGCUUCGCCCAGUCGCAUGGUGGCUGCGCAGAUGCCGUCGAGACGUGUCUGCGCAAGUACGGUGUCAGCAGUUACGGCAGCCGCCUCGGCGCUGGUCAUCUUGACCUGCAGAAGCAGACCGAGAAGCUUGUCGCCAAGUUUGUCGGCAAGGAGGACGCCGUUGUCAUCAGCAUGGGUUUCGCCACCAACAGCACUACCAUCCCAGCCAUCGCCGGUCCCGGAACCCUGAUCAUUUCGGACGAAUACAACCACAGCUCGAUUCGCUUCGGCGCUCGCCUCAGUGGCGCUCACAUCCGCCAGUACAAGCACAACGACAUGAAAAAGCUCGAGUCGCUCCUGCGCGAAUGCAUCAGUCAAGGCAUGCCACGCACGCACCGUCCGUGGAAGAAGAUCCUUCUCAUCGUCGAGGGUCUCUACUCGAUGGAGGGCACCUUGGUCAACCUGCCCGAGGUGAUGCGCCUUAAGGAGAAGUACAAAUUCCACCUCUACGUCGAUGAGGCCCACUCGGUCGGUGCCAUUGGCCCCCACGGUCGAGGCGUUUGCGAUUACUUUGGCGUGGAUCCUGCCAAGGUCGAGAUCCUCAUGGGUACCUUCACAAAAUCGUUCGGUGCUGCCGGCGGUUACAUUGCCGCUGACAAGGACAUCGUCGACCGUAUCCGUCUGACGAACCACGCCAACGUUUACGGUGAGACGCUCUCCCCUCCCGUUCUUACGCAGAUCGUCGCUUCCAUGGCUUCCAUCAUGGGCGUCGGCAGGGAUCCCGAGGAGCUUGCUCUUUUGCCGAGCUGGGUGCAGCUGCCACGCAACCUUCUCGAUGGCAGCGAAGGUCGCGAGCGAUUGCGUCGACUCGCCUUCAACGCGCGCUACCUCAGCAGCGGUCUUCGCAAGCUCGGUUUCAUCGUCUACGGCCACCGCGACUCGCCGAUCGUUCCUCUGCUCAUCUUCCACCCUGCCAAGAUGUCGCUCUUCUCGCGCAUGAUGCUGGACCGAUCAUCUGUGCUGCCUCCAUCGCAGCGUUUCGCUGUUGAGGAGUCGGAUAUGACCCCCGAGGAGCGCAAGGCGAUCGAGGAUCCUGCUUCGCCAGCCAACAUUGAUCGACCCGCUCGGCCACCGAUUGUGGUUGUGGUGGUUGCGUAUCCUGCUACACCGCUGAUUUCAUCGCGUGUGCGAUUCUGUGUUAGUGCGUCGCAUACCAAGAAGGAUAUCGAUGAUGUGCUGCGCGCGUGCGACGAGGUGGGUACGCUGCUUCAUCUCAAGUAUGGAUCAGGUGGUCCGGGGGGUAGGUGGCCGGUGGAUAAGGUGAUCGAUCGUUGUUUGGAUCUGGUCCAUUGGAACGGCGAGGAUCCGAUCAACUAG